AUGGCGGAGGAGCCGCCUAACAAUAAAUCUAUAGACGAUGAGGAGGCGCUACAUUCGGCCACCGCGGCCAAGUUCAACAUCAAUGCGGACCCCAUUGUUCCAAUAACUGGCCGUGAAGGUGAUACGUUGAAGCCGUUGAUGUAUUCCGGCCGAGCAAUGGCCGUCUUCACUUCUGGAGGUGACUCUUCUGGUAUGAAUUCAGCUGUCAGAUCGGUGGUCAGAAUGGGACUGUAUCUGGGAUGUAAAGUUUACUGUAUCUACGAGGGUUAUCAAGUAAGUUUUUUGAUUGUUUUUUUUUUGUUAUUUAGGUAAUAGGAGGGUUUUACCGAUGUUGUAGUAGGUGUUGAUGGUAAAAUAUGCCCUACAACGCAUUUUGGUACAGUAGCUCUUUAAAAUUAGUCUAUUACGCAACUUGAGGUCUAUAUGAAACUGAGAAAUUAGUUUACUAUUUUUUACACUUUCAGGGCAUGGUAGACGGUGGCGACAAUAUCAGAGAAGCCGAUUGGAAUAUGGUCUCCGAUAUUAUCCAGAAAGGUGGUACCAUCAUCGGAUCUGCACGUUGUAAGGACUUCAGAGAGAAGGAGGGACGUCUGAAAGCGGCUGAGAAUCUGAUCGCACGUGAUAUUACAAAUCUGGUUUGUAUUGGAGGUGAUGGUUCGUUGACUGGAGCCAAUCUGUUCAGACAAGAGUGGCCCAGUUUGGUGUCGGAGCUGGUAAAUCAAGGGAGGGUCAGCGAGGAGAAAGCCAAAGCUUGUCCGAAUAUUCAGGUAGGUUUUGAAAGGGAGGGGAGGAUUUUAGAGUUAAAAAUUGGCUGGUAAGAGGGUGUUUUUUGUUAAAAAUGGGGUUGAUAAGGGGUGUUUUUGCUUUUUAAAUUAAUGUUUUUCAAUUAUUCUUCUAUAAACCACUCUUUUUCAGAUCGCCGGUCUCGUAGGCUCGAUUGAUAAUGACUUCUGUGGCACCGACAUGACCAUCGGCACAGACACCGCCCUUCAGCGGAUCAUCGAAGCCAUUGAUGCUGUCGUCUCCACGGCCCAAAGUCAUCAAAGGGCUUUUGUCAUUGAGGUAAUGGGCCGUCAUUGUGGGUAUCUGGCGUUGGUGGCUGCGUUGGCUUCGGAAGCUGAUUUCUGUUUCAUCCCGGAAUGGCCUCCACCGUCUCAAUGGAGAACCAUCUUGUGCGAGAAACUAGCACACAGCCGAAGCAUGGGCUGUCGACUGAACAUUGUCAUCGUGGCUGAAGGAGCCAUCGAUAGAGAUGGUCAUGCUAUCACUUCGGAGUUGGUAGGUGUUUUGUGAUUUUUUUGGAUUAAAUUGUGUUUUUAGGGUUUUUCGGAUAUUGUAGUAGAUCAAAUUUAUGAUUUUUUACUCUAAAUUUUAUUUUUUAGGUAUGCAAAGUCAUCAAAGACACCCUCCACUAUGAUACCCGUACCACCGUCCUGGGUCACGUCCAAAGAGGAGGCAAUCCAUCAGCCUUUGAUCGUCUUCUAGGCUGCCGAAUGGGAGCUGAAGCCACCUUAGCCUUGAUGGAAAUGACGCCAGAAUCCGAACCAUGUGUAAUAUCGAUCGAUGGAAAUGUAAUGGUACGAGUACCUUUGAUGGAAUGUGUACGACGUACUCAAGCCGUCCAAAAAGCCAUGGAUUCGAAGGAUUUUUCGACUGCUGUCAAGCUCCGUGGCCGAUCCUUUCAACGGAACCUUCUCACCUAUCGUCUGCUGACUAAACUGAAGACACCUCAGGAGAAGGACAACUUAUCUGAAGGCAAACACUUCAACAUGGCUGUUAUGAACAUUGGAGCACCGGCUGGCGGCAUGAACGCGGCAGUGCGAUCGUUUGUAAGAAUGGGAUUGUAUCAUCAUUGUAAUGUCUACGGAGUUCACAACAGCUUCGAAGGGUUGGCCAGUGGGCAGCUGAAGGUAGGAUAAGGUUAUGAUUGACUUUUCAAAGGUUUUAAAGGUAAUAUAUUAACAUACUUAUAGAAAAUGGAGUGGAACGAUGUCACUAACUGGGUAAUGCACGGCGGAUCAUUCCUCGGUACCCAAAAACAACUUCCAGAUAAGCAUCUGGAUAAGAUUGCCGAAGUACUAGCUCAGUUCAAGAUCCAUGGCUUGCUUAUUAUUGGCGGAUUUGAAGCCUUCCAUUCACUCAACAUCCUUGCCAAACACCGUGACAAGUACCCAGCCUUCAGAAUUCCGAUUUGUGUUAUCCCAUGCACUAUCUCCAACAACAUACCUGGCACUUCACUAUCACUCGGAUCCGAUACCGCAGUCAACGAGAUCUGCCACAUGAUAGACAAGAUCAAACAGUCGGCUACGGGCACGAAGAGAAGAGUGUUCAUCAUUGAAACCAUGGGUGGCUUCUGCGGAUACCUGGCUACGAUCUCGGCCUUGGCUACAGGCGCUGACAAUGCCUACAUAUUUGAAGAGAAGUUUGCUGUAGAUGACAUCAAACAAGACGUUCAAGUGAUUGUGGAUAAGAUGAAGAAGGGAGUGCAACGUUACCUGAUUGUACGAUGCGAGAAAGCCAACAAGAACUACACUACUGAGUUUGUUCAACAGUUGUUUAGUGAGGAAGGAAAAGGAGAGGUAAGGGCAUGGGUAAUAAUGGAAAAAAAAGGUUUUGUGGAUAGGAGGGGUGGGGUGAGGCUGAAAAUUAAAAAAUUCGGAUGAACGGAAGAUUGCUACGAUUAUUUUUGAAAAGUUUGAAUUUUUGGAUUUUGGAGAUUUAGAAAAUUUUAAAAUUCGGAAUUUCAGUUCACCACCAGAAUCAACAUCCUCGGCCACGCCCAACAAGGCGGCAACCCAACUCCAUUCGAUCGUAACAUGGGCACCAAACUGGCAGCUCGUGCUCUCGAACACAUGAUUGGCCAAGCGAAAGAAUUUGUGGAUCUGGAGACCGGCGUGAACAAAGCCGUCGAUAAAUCAACCGCUAAUCUGUUGGGUCUUACGGUAGGUUUUUAAAAAUUUUAAAGUAUUUUUGAAAAAUUUUGAAUUUUUUUUGAAAUUUAGAAAAAUGGAGAAUUUUUGAGUUUUUGAGCCUAAAAUGACAAUGUUAUUGUAGGGCCGUCACGUAUCAUUCACUGCGGCUGAAGACCUCUGCCUAGAGACCGACUUUGAGCAUCGUCUACCAACCGACCAGUGGUGGAUGAAGCUACGCCCAUUGCUUCGCAUCCUGGCCAAACACAACAGCAUCUACCACGCCCAAGCCUUCACCGUACCCGAAGUGGAGGGCGACUUUGAUUAG